UUCACCAAAAUAGCUCUACCAAGGCCUUCAACCAAGAUGGAGUGUUUGGUGACUGUUUUUGGUCUACUUCUGUCGUUGUUGCUCUUUGGUGUUCUGAAUGUUGAAUGUUACGCAAAUGCUCCUUCACCACUUGUCAAGUCGAUGUCUGAGCUUGGGGCUAAACAAAGCGGCUCAAAUGGUGCCUGCAGUGGCCAGUCCUGCCUGCGCACUGUAGCUGUGAAAUGUGGCAAGUCCUCCAUGGAGGUCCAGGUUAAAGCUGAUUUGUUUGGUACAGGUGUUCCUGUAGAGGCUAGUGAACUGACCGUGUUGGCUGCAGGUACUGAUGAACACUUCUGCAGAGUCACAGUGGCUGAAGACGCUCAAUAUAAGAUUGAGGUUCCAUUUAACAAGUGUGGUACUGGCUUUCAGAUGAAUGAUGAUUGGUUGAUCUACUCUAAUCUCCUGCUCUAUACUCCCACUCCUUCUCCAUAUCGUAUUCUGAGAAUGAGCCCUGCGACCAUUCCCAUUCAGUGCUGGUUCAGUAGGAAGUUCAGAGUGAGCAGUCAGGCUGUUGUACCUACCUGGGCACCAUUUAGCUCCACUUUGUCCCAAGAGAGUAAAUUGGACCUGGGCAUGAAGCUCAUGACAAGUGACUGGAGCAGUGAGCUGCUGUAUGGUGUCUACCAACUGGGUGAGGUUAUACACGUGGAAGCCUCAGUGGAGAUGGGUACACACAUGCCUCUGCGUGUUUAUGUGGACUCCUGUGUUGCUACACAGUCACCUGAUGUUAACACCAGCCCCAGAUAUGCUUUCAUUGAGAACAACGGGUGUAUGAUGGAUGGUCUAAUAACAAGCUCCACUGACUCCUACUUCCUGCCCCGCCUUCAAAAUGACAGACUGAGAUUUCAGCUGGAAGCCUUCAUGUUUCAUGAUUCUCCCAGUAAUGCCAGUGUGCUCUUCGUCACCUGUAUUCUGAAGGCUGUGCUUAUUACACAGAGCAGUCCUGAGCAGCGGGCUUGCUCUUUCAUUGAUGGACGGUGGAGAUCUGCAGAUGACACUGACCAGGUGUGUCAGUCCUGUAGCCACAGUGCCUCUGCUAAUAGUUUGGAUCAGCCCGUCCAAUACAACCAGCCUAGCCAAAGCGAUCAGCAAACAGUAUGGAAACAGCAAGCCACACUUGGACCUUUUGUUGUCCAACCGUGACAAAGUGAUCAGUGACUGCUGUCUGCUUUACUUAAUGCUUGGCACAGAUGUUGAUCGCCCAGCUCAUCUAUUAAAGUUUUUACACACCCUAAA